UUUCUUCAUGCAGGUACUUUUCAAGAGUUUUCAGUAGAGCAAGAAGUUAUCGAUCAUGCAUUCAAUGAUACGUCUUAUUUUGAUGAAGUUGUGGUGAAAAGGUUUAUCAUCAGUGAAAAUAUUACAUUGUUGCAUCAAGGUAAGAUAUUAUUAAUAAGUAAAGUGAGCAAGUGAGGUAAGUUAAAAAGAAAACAACAAUUGACCAUUUCUCAGUGUUUACGUGUGAUCCUAGUUUUUUAUUUAAAAAACAAAAAUAAACGUAAGACUGAAUUGUUAUCCUCUUCGGCAGACUGGUGAACAGCGACGAAAUGAUUGAGGAAUCAUUGGAUGGCACCUAAAUUGUGUCGCGGCUUAAUUUAAACCUCACGUUAUUAUUUAAGACUGUCAAUUACCUUAGAUCGGUAACGUCCCUUGUUGAAUGGUAGUUCUGAUAUAUAUGAUGAAUUUUAUUACGAAAUAUCGUCUAAUUAUGGGCUAGAAUUUUAAUGGUUUAUUUUACUACUCUUUUUCUUUCCUUUACUUCAAUUUUUAGCUUUGAUGCUUGUCGAAGAAGAUGUCAUUGCGAUGAUCGAGGGAAGCCAUAUUAAUACCUCUGACGCUUGCGCACUGUCUGUAGUAACUGGUAUUCCUGUUAUCAGCCUCCGUCGAGACACGAGGCCAACUGAUGGAUGCUUAAAAACAUUACAAAUACAAGCAGGAUACAGGACAUAUGCACAUGCUACUCUAGACAUCCUGAACACAUUUCAAUGGAAAAAUAUAGCAUUACUUUAUGAAGGUAAACCAAUUUCACGAAUUUCGAUAUAUAAUAAAACUAGUCCUAAACCUACCAACUUCAAAUCGUUACAAGGAAACAUUUCUGUAAUUACACAAAAUAGUCCAAGUAUUCCCAGAGUAUCAUGAUAUUGUUUAUAAUAACUACAAUGUACUUGCCACCGGUUUUUAAAUAGCUGCCGUAGAAAAUGUGCAUACCCGAUACACCUGUUUCUUCAUCUUCCAAGAAGAAAUUUUUUAACCUUAAGAUGAAAGUAUUGACUUGAAGUAAGAACUUAAUUCAGUUCAUCUUUAGAGGGCAAGAUAAAUCAAACAACAAAUAUUUUUGCAUCACAGCUAUUCUACACCUGCGUCGCCGUUGCCAGUUUUACAUUUCUUAAGUCACCAAAGAUAAUCCAACGAACAUCCUUUCAAUAAAUCGUCAAACUAUAUUAAACAAAGUGUUCAUCUGAGCAAAUAUAGGUCAAUAAAUCUCGUCUAUCUCGUUUUUAAUAUCCUGCGUUCUUGUGUACAAGUUUCCCGCCUUCCCCGUCUUUUUUGUUUUUGUUUGUUUGUUUCUUGUUCUUGUUUGUUAGUUUUCAGUAGAUAGAUAGAUAGAAACUUUAUUUAAGUGUCAAAAGCCGUCUAGCCAGGGAAAAAAGAAUCCCUUACUAAUUUGGGGACACCAAAUUACGUCCCUGAAGUAAAACUUGAACGGCGGUGUUUUUCUGCAGGAAACAAGGACGCUUGUACACAAGAUAUAUUAAAUGCAUGACAUUUAUACAUUUUUUGUCACUUUUUUUUUCCUUUUAGUGGAUCUCUUACAGGCAGCUGGCUACUUCUACUCUAUCUCCCAGGGAUCUGAGCUGACCGUAACUUUCUUCCAGAUUGCUGAAAAAGAAGAAUCGGACGAUAAAACAAAAGCAAUGUCAACAGCAAUGGAAAAAAUAGGAAUGCUAAUACCUGACGUUAUUUUACUCUAUGCUUCUACUAGGGAAAUUCUGGAACUUUUUCUGAAAAAGGUACUGUUUUGUACAUUCAUUUGCCAUUUCUUUAUUUUUCUAUUUCCUCGUUUGCUUACUAUUAAAUGCAAAGCAGUUCCUUUACCUGCCAUGAACACGAGCGAUGCCGUUAGGAUAGUUACUUUGGACUUUAAUUGGCUGUUUUUGCCUCUCCAGAAGAGCUGUGUAAACGUCAAUGGCUAUACCUGGAUACUCCAAGGACAGGUUUGUUAACCGACUUAACAGCUGGCAAAUUUUUACACCAUUUUAACUACAAGAAAAUCAAAGGGAAAUUUACAACAAAAGUCACCUCAUAACAUUUUCCUGCUAUCGAUGAAUUUUUCAGGGUCGCUGGUGGACCGUGCCGACGGUGCGCGGUGGAGAAGUCAAAUCGCAAAGUUUUACACUCAAGCUAAAAGCGGAGGGCGUUUAGGCACUAUACUACUGCAUGAGAAAUUUCUGCAAUUUUGUUGGCUUAGAGCGGUGGUAUUUCAGCUUAAUUUGAAAUACCUACAUGUGAAAAUUACAAACCUUUUGUAUAGUAUAUACAAGUAUAGGGUUGUAAUGGUGAACAACGCUAAGACCCCAUGCAGAGGCUUUCAAGUUGUUUGUUUUUUUGUUUGCUUUUGUUGUUUCAUCUUUUUUUGGGUAAUUCACCACAGGUACCAGGAAACCUAAGUAGUCGACCAGAGUAUGUGGUUCUAGCCUACAAACUUCCUUAUAAUGAGAAUCUUGCUCCUGAAGAAUUGGAAAAAGAAGACAAAACCGACGACUUUAGAAAGGUAACUGCAAGCACAUUUGCGAAUGAGCGAAGGCAGUGACAAACAAAAGUGAUAUUUUUAUUUUUGUACAAGUAGCAUGUAUCAAAUUAAACGCAUCCCUUCUAUUAAUUCUUAUUUACAAUAAUAUCCCCUACAGGAACUUGCUGCGGUUGCUUAUGAUGCGGUGCAAGUAAUCAACAAGGCUCAAACUGUAGAAACGUGCUUGUCAAUUAACGGCUCGGCAAUUACUUCUAAAGACCGCGAAACAAUGUUUUCUUGCUUGAAAAAGGUGAGGGACAAUUGUUUUUAAGCAAAUUACCUUCCUUCCCCUCGCCCGAGUUUGCAUUGAUGAACAGGUCGCAGACGAAAUUACACACACUGUUUUAUGAGAGUUUCUCGAAGCGUUCUGUUUGCACCUCAUGAUAUUGCCAAGUCGAACUAAUUCAUAUUUCAUUUCCUAUUGAUUAGUCCUCGAUCAUCAAAUUUUAAUAAGAAUAUAAUAUAGAAUUAGCGAUGAUGAUGAUGAUAAUAAAUAAUACAUGUAAGAGUAUUAAGGAAACCAUUAUUUUCCACUGAAUUAAGACCCAAUGGAAAGUAUCACUUCCCAUUUUAACAACUGGGACCUAAAUUAUUCCAACAGGUAAAGUUUGAAGGCAUAACAGGACCUGUUAGAUUUAGCCAGGAUGGAAAGAGAGCAGGAGUACAACUGGAAAUCUUGAAUCUGCGAAACGAUUCCUUUAGGAAAGUAAGUACUCCUAAAAUCGAUCACAGUUUUCCUUGGGAAAAAAAAGGGGAAAACAUUCGUGAUACAAUGCAAAUAAAUAGAAAUGGCGUGAAAAGUGCAGAAAAAGACUAUAACGCUUCAAACCAGAAAUGUGCAAUUAAUUAAUAGGCGGAAGUUAUAAUCAACGUCAUACAGGAUUCAACCUAAUUGUUAGUAAAAUAUUUAUCCGUCUCUGAUUGACUCAAAAACCUUCAACUAGGGACCUUUGAAAAAAUUUGAAAGUCGUUACAAUUGACGUCAAUUGUAGAGAUAUCGACAGAAAAGGGGACAGCAGUAGCACGGUACCUUACGGCUGUUUCGACAGAGUUGGAGAAAAUGGCGGGAGAUUGCACACGUUAUGCAAGGGAAAAAAUACCCAAAGUACUGCCAGAAAACAUGUACUUAGCAAGAAUACCAAAAGAUCCCUUCACAUCUGUCAAGGAACAGGCAAAAUUUUAAUGAGGGCGAAACUUUAAUAAAUAGAUUGAGGUAUGAAGUACCAUUUCUAGGUUUCCCAACUCUCUUUUAUUCACGCUAUCGUGUUUUCUUCCCUUAGGUAGGGACAUGGAAUGCAACGACGAAAGCCGUAAUGUUCGAAAAUAUACACCAUAAUAUGAAUGACAAAUUUCAUGGCGGCGGUCUAGCAGGCAGAACUCUCCGUGUUGUUGUCACAGAGGUAUGCACUUAAUAUAUUGCAUGAAUGUAUUGGCUUUUUAUUGUAGAUUUUCUUCUAAUUAGAAAGAGGUUUCUUGGCGAUCCUUGGCCGGAGAACGCAAUUAUCUCACUUAAUCAAGAAUACAAUGUACUCAAUCAAGAAGUCCGUUACCGGCCUUUAAUUACUCAAUUGCAAUAUAGCCCUAAAUGAUCUUAUGAUUCAGUUAGAUGUCGACCAAUUACAUUUCAAGGAUGCUGGAUGAUCAAAUAUUGUCGUUUUGUCGUACUUGGAGAGAACAAAUCAUUACUGUUUAAUUUUGACGUAGAUAGUAAUUUCUUGCGCUGGUUAGAAAACAUAUUGUUAUUAGUACCUUAGACGCUGUAAGUGUAAGAGUCCACCUUUCAUAACCUCAACAGGAUGAGCCGUUUGUCGUCCUCAAAAGACAAGAAGAUGGAAGCAUUACACAUGAAGGAUACUGCAUCGACCUGCUACGAGAACUUUCCAAGAGACUUCAUUUCUCAUAUCAUAUUAAAACAUCUCCUGACGGGCUUUAUGGCGCGAAAUUGGAAAAUGGAUCCUGGAACGGGAUGAUUGGAGAGCUUCUAAAUAACGUAUGAAAUAUCACUGCAUUCAAUAGACCAAUUUCGAUCAAUUAAAAUUCUCUAUAACAGGCUAUUUGCACGAUGCCGUCAUUUUACUACUAGGAACAGAAUCUCUUACGUUUUUCCUUUCAUAUUUAAAUUUGGUAAUCCCAGCGAUGAUUAAAUAAUAAAAGCCCUAAUUUGCACGAGAAAGCAAAACCCUGAAGGAUUUUGGUUGCACUAGUAAAAUGAAGUCAUCGUGUAAGUGGCCUAUUGGCUGCGAGGCUUGAAGGAAUAGAACAAAAGAAAUUAUCUUGAGGCUCAGCAAUAAAUAUUACAUUUCUUUUUUCUUCUUCCCCCAAGCUUUCGUACAAGGUAUGAAUUUUGAUAUUUCGAAAUUGGUCUGUUCCUUCAAAGUGCCAGAGCUAGAACGUGCACCGUUGACACAGGUUGACAACAAUUUAACAGCCGGUCAAGAGGUGGAUGAAUGCUAUUCCUCCUUUCAAAUUUAAAUUGACCCACGGUAUUCCCUCUUUAUUAGCCUUCCAUUCAGGCUUAUUUUGUCUAGAUUUUAUCAUAGUGCGUUGCAACAUUUACGAGGUAUGACUCAGUCGUCAUGAGCUACAUGAGGUCAGCCAAUGUUUUUUAGCCAAAACUGCCAGGUUAGCAUUGUUUCAUGCAGUAAAAAAGCAGCAAAAUAAAUGUGUGCUAAUUAUACACUGAUCUCAAAUAUCACGCAUGACAGUUUUUUCUUAGUUCGAACUAAACAAAAUAAGAUACCGCCAAGAUGGUCGCCAUUUUGAAAAAAGACACAAGUCAUAUGUAAUUAUUAAAGUAUGAUGAAUACAAUGUAUUUGUAAUAACAUAAAGAACGAAAAGACUUUCUAAUUUAAAAAUUAUUGUGAGCGCUAGGAAUUCCAAGAGCUAAACCUCCAUUAGUUCAUGGUUGCAAUAGAAAUUUACUUGACAAUCCACCACCACAAUUUUUUUCUUAAUAGCGCGCAGACGUUGCCGUUGCAGCUUUGACCAUAACUGAAAGCCGCGAAAAAGUGGUGGACUUCACUGUCCCCUUCAUGUAUUACACUGAAGAAAUGCUACUCAAGAAAGCAUCGUUCAACAACGGAUCGAUUGAUUUUCUACAGUUUAUGAAUCCAUUUCGCAUUGAAGUUUGGUUUGUUACUUUAGCCACCCUGGUAGUGAUUUCGGUUUCAACUUUUGUGAUAAACUACUUGAGUCCAUACGGUCACAAAGAUGCGAAUGGCCGUGGAACCUCUGAAGAGUUCAGUUUCUUUAACAGCGUGUGGUUUUCAUUGGCUUGCAUGCUGCAACAAGGAUCUGAGAGCCAGCCACGAAGCCUGUCAGGUACUGUAAGGUGGAAGUCGUUCGCUUAAGCAAGUGUCAGCUCAAUCGAUGACUUGGAUACUGGUAUACAUCUAAGCAUGUAUAUCUAAUAUUUAGUCAAUAUUUCUGUUCACUGAUUUUUAAUCAAUGAUAUAAUGCUUUGAGAGGAGGAGUUACUGUCUUCCCACAAUAUAUUGUAUUUCAAAAUGAUAUAUGGGAAUUUUAGUGACGUGAUUACUCGGCUGAUAGAGUCUCAGCAGCUUGAACAAGUCAAACUAACGUGGCAUCGUGUACGUGUGUUACUGUGACUCGCGAGUGUGCGGAAUCUUUGACGAAUUUUCCUCUUCUUUAUGAACAUUGUUAAGAAAGACUAGUUCCCCGUUGGCCCUCUUUAGGUGUGUUGACUCAGUUUGUCACCACGUGCACGCUCGUGUGAGUUCUAGUACUAAAAUGGCAGGUAGAACGGUUUUAAUGAUCCCAGUUGCUAAGUGCUAUCAAGUAGCAUAUCAAGUAGCAAACGAUUCCGACAAUUGAACUAUGCGUAGUGAUCAAUGUUUGUUUGUUUUUUUUUUUUUUACUUACUAGGUCGCAUUCUCGCCGCGUGUUAUUGGUUUUGCAUUCUCGUCUGGGUUUCAACAUACACCGCAAAUCUCGCAGCCUUUUUCACUGUGAAAAAUGCCGCGGCACCCAUUAAUAACCUGGAAGACAUACUUACAUCAUCUUAUAAAGUUACCAUAGUGGAAUAUGGAAGUACCUACGAGUUUUUUCAGACAAGUCAAUAUGAAACUCAUAGAAAGAUUUGGUACAGAAUUCAAGCUCACAAUUCAUUUGGUGGAAACACAAGUGAGGCUGUUAAAUUGGUCCGUGGAAAGGAUGACUAUGUCUUCAUUUAUGAUGGGCCAGUUGUUCGACAUCUUGCCAACAAUCCACCAUGUGAUCUGAUAACAGGUAAAGAUUAUUUCUCAAGAUUUAUAACACUGUGAUGAGAAAUACUUAAUAUUUUAAGAGGGUGAGGGUGAAGGUGAUGGGAAGCACGAGUGGGGGGGGGGGUGAGUUUACUAUAUUAUUCUUGGAUGUUUAUACAUGUACAUAUUACCCUGCGAGCAGAGACCGUGACAUUUUCGCUGAGUGAGCUGGCGUGCGAACAGUAGCCUCUGCCGACAACCGUUCAAUUUUCUAUCGUGAAUGCGCGAAAUUCGUCACGCGAUUCACAAGAAAAAUUAAUCCUCAGGUCUGUCGUCAAAUGACGCGAGUUUCGCGGGAGUUAAAAAAAUGCGACAACUCUUAUCUGCUACGCAAGACUCACGCUAGACUCACGCAAUGCUCUAAACCGGUCAAGAACAGGAAAAACCUGUUUUUUUCAAUUUAUUCGUCAAUAUUUCUCGACGGAUUUGAACGGUUGACGGCAGAGGCUACGUUUCGCACUCCAGCUCACACAGUGCAAAUGUAGCCUCUGCUCGCAAGGUAUGUACAUAUAUGCUUUAUUUUUCCAUUUGCUUUAGUUUUGCAUCAAGGGAAGGGCGUUGUAAUAAUUUUUAAUAACCGACUACACGUACGUGAAAAAAAAAAAAACAAAUGAAAAAGAAAUAAAUUCCUAAAGCGGAACUGAAGGUUGCUUUCUAAAAAUGUGUGGCACGGUUUAAAGUAUAUUUAUUUUAAAAACACUCAUUUACAAGUACACACAGUGUAUAGUGGCAAAAAAACGAAAUCUACACCUCUUAUAUUUCGUAUAUUUUAGACAGCUCUUGUGUGUCUCCCUUUUGAGUCUAGGGAUUAGCAAAUUUCCGGGAGUUUUACAUCACAGCCCAAAAUGCGCGGACGCACUUCCAACCCGUCUCCAACGGCGAAUUUGAUAAUUAUGACAUAAACCAGUUUUCGACGUUUUCGUUUUCUAGUCCCAGGUUUAAGCACGGCCAAAGGACUUGGCCUCGCGUUCCAAGCGGAUGAUCCAGACAUCACAGACUUUUCACUUGCCAUUCUGCGUUUACAUGAAAAUAGUUUUCUAGAAAACCUAAAACGUAAAUGGUGGGAAUCUUCUAAUGGAUGUCCUCAAGAGCAAGAGACAAGUAAG